AUGAUCACCUCCCGCAAGGUCGCCUCUGCCUCCCUACGUCGCGCUGCUGCACGUAGCGCGGCGAGCGCGCCGGCCGGAUCUCGCCUCGCGCGCGCACUAUCCUCUCAACCGCAUCAACUCCCCCAACCUCAGAGCCGAACACGCGCAAAGCCAGUUAUCACUUCCCAUGCGCGUGGUCUGGCGACCGAAGCCCACCUGGAGGCUGUCAUUCUCGACAAGAAGCCGCACUUUGACAAGAUACUGGUAGCGAACAGAGGCGAGAUAGCAUGUCGCGUUAUACGCACUGCGCGCAAGCUUGGUGUACGCACUGUUGCUGUAUACAGUGAAGCCGACGCAGGCUCUAUGCACGUUCAACUGGCUGACGAGGCCUACUGCAUUGGCCCAGCACCAAGCGCGGAGAGCUACCUCCGGAUGGACAAGAUCAUCGACGUGUGCAAACGGAGCGGCGCGCAGGCUGUACACCCAGGGUACGGCUUCUUGAGCGAGAAUGCGGCCUUCGCGGAUGCUCUUGCUGCCGCAGGCAUCGUCUUCAUCGGCCCGCCAGCGAGCGCUAUCGUCAGCAUGGGCUCCAAGAGCGAGUCCAAGACGAUCAUGUCCGCCGCCGGUGUGCCGUGUGUACCAGGUUAUCAUGGCACGAAUCAAGACCCAGAUUUCCUUCAGCAAGAGGCCGAGAAAAUUGGGUACCCGGUGCUUAUCAAAGCUGUCCAUGGCGGCGGCGGCAAGGGCAUGCGCGCUGUGAAUUCGUCCGAUGAGUUCAAGGAGGCGCUCGCUAGCUGUCAGCGUGAGGCGCAGAAGAGCUUUGGAAAUGCGGACGUGCUCGUUGAGAAAUUCGUUGCGCGCCCGCGACAUGUUGAGGUACAGGUCUUUGCCGAUACACACGGCAAUGCUGUCAGUCUCUGGGAACGCGACUGCAGCGUACAGCGACGCAACCAGAAGAUUAUCGAAGAGGCACCUGCCCCAGGACUCGCGCCCGAGCUGCGCGCGGACUUAUGCGCCAAGGCAGUUGCGGCAGCUCAAGCGGUCGACUAUGUUGGUGCUGGCACGGUCGAGUUCAUCCUCGACCGCGACGAUGGACGGUUCUACUUCAUGGAGAUGAAUACGCGCCUCCAGGUCGAACACCCCGUCUCCGAGAUGAUCACUGGACUUGACCUAGUCGAAUGGCAGCUUGAGGUUGCCGCUGGGAACCCGCUUCCGCUCUCUCAAGAGCAAAUCCCUCUCGCAGGCCAUGCCUUCGAAGCACGCAUCUACGCCGAGAACCCACGCAACGGCUUUCUACCCGACUCCGGCUCACUACUAUACGUCUCGACUCCGGAACCGACUACCAUCUUUGCCCCACCUCUUCCGCAUGUCCCUUCAUCCGCAGGUGGUCUCGAAGCUGCCGGUUCAGGGCCUGCGUCAACAACCGUCGUUCCCUCCGUACGCCUUGAGCAGGGCUUCGGUGCCGGCGCCCAGAUCGGAGUCUUCUACGAUCCUAUGAUUGCCAAGCUCGUCGUACAUGGACCGGAUCGCGCAAGCGCAUUGCGUCUACUGUCGCGUGCACUCGAAGAGUACAGGGUCGUUGGUGUGCAUACGAACGUCGAGUUCCUGCGUUCGCUCGCUCAGCACCCGAAGUUCAUUGAAGGCGACGUGGAUACAGGUUUCAUCCCGAGACACAGAGCAGAGCUUCUCCCAACACCGUCUUCGCCGAAUCCCGAAGUCCUAGCGCAGGCAGCGCUAUUCGCGGCCCUCCGCGACCAACCUCCAGCCAGUGCCUCGCCAUGGACGUCACUCGGCGCGCGACGCUUCGCAGGCGAUGCCUCUGUACGCACCAUCACCCUUCAAGCCGGCGAAGGCGAGAAUCCCGAGACCUGGCCCGUGACCGUACGCGUGCGAGCGGUAGUCGGUACAUACGACGUUGUAGUUGGCUCGUCUGCAGGAAGCGAGCAGACGACGUUCGAGAACGUGCAUGCUUCUUUGGUAUCGCCAACCGAGAUCCACACGACUCUCACUGGUGCUCUGCGACGCGCGACGGUCGUGCAACAGCUGGCUCCUCCGCAUGCUGCUCCCGGAUCCAAUGCAUCACGCUUACACGUCUUUUCCGUCGACGGCACGCAUACCACAUUGGCACUUCCACCGCCUGCAUGGCUACUAUCUCUCGCCGCAGAUGUCGCACCGGCAGCUGGCGCAUUGCGCGCGCCGAUGCCUUCGCUCGUCAUUGGGAUCAAGGUCAAGGUCGGCGACAGGGUCGAGAAGGGCGAUGCCGUGGUGUUGCUGGAGAGUAUGAAGACCGAGACGGUGUUGAGGGCUGGACGGGGAGGUGUUGUGCUUGGGAUCGGGUGUGCUGAAGGAGAGAUGGUGGAGGAAGGGCGGGAAUUGGUUGAUAUCGAGGAGGAUGCGGAAUGA